GCAGAGGGAACUAAACAGGAAGUGGUGGACGAGCAGCAGCACCCAUGCCUGCAGGAGCUGUUGGGAGAGAUGGAAGAUGCAGAGUUUGAGGAUAUUUUAGAUGACUGGUUUAUCGAGUCACUGAAAACGUACAAAGACCUUCAUGUGUAUCAGCUUGAACAUCCCACCCAGGUCCUCGAGUGGACGUCAGGGAAUAGCGUCUGUGUCGCAGGCUAUAGUCAGUCCAAAAAUGAAAUUUUAGAACUUCGCUUGCCGCUGAAACUUCUUGCUGAUGAAAAUAAGAGUCUCUGCGCAGAACGGGAUUUUAAAGUUUCCCAUGGUGGUUUCACAGAUGGUCCGGUUCGCUGCCUCACACACAUCCCUGGAACAAGGUGUGCUGUGACCAACGACGGGCUGAGCUCCGACCUGCAGGUGUGGGACCUUGGAGGAGAAGAGAGCGAUGUGAUCAGGAGAACAGGAAGUAUUAAAGGGAAAAGGAGUGCUUCAGAGAGAGGCAGCAGGAUCGCAGCUCGACCCUCGUCAGCACCACAAGUUCUUCACGGAGCUCAGAUCAGCGACGUCCAGCUGACUGAACUCGCAUCAGGAGAGACUCUCUAUAAACUGGAGACCGACUCAGCAGAUCCUCUGAGUUCCUUACAGUUCGUGAGUGACACUGUUUUCCUCGCCGGCUGCUGUAACGGGAGUGUUUACGUUGCCGAUACUCGGACGUCUGCUCCUCCUCAGCUUUCACAUUCACCAUCUUCAGCGGAGUCUGUCAUCUGGUGGACGGAUGCUGCUGCAGGUCCACGUCCGUCCAGCCGCAGGGUCAUCAGAGUCUCCUCGUCUGGACAGGCGGUGGUUUCAGACUUGAGAAAUCUGGGAGGGGCGGGGUGUCAGGCUCAGCUAGACGUCCAAACACCAGGCCGCUGCAGCCAGGUCAAAGUGUCGUGGGCUCCAACACUGGAUGACUGUAUCUCAGUGUCAGGUUUCAGUGGCGUUGUUCAGAUCUACAACACCCGUCUCUGGGGGGCGGAGCCGCAGGAGGCUCGACCGCUGUUUGAGCAUCGCGGUCACGCAGUUUCAUCACAGCAGACUGAUGACAGUGUUCCCACCUUCGUCACCUCCCACAUCUGGCACCCCGAGCGGCCGCGGACGCUUCUGUCUGCAGCCUCGGAUGGCUCAGUCCACGUCUGGGACUGGGUGGACCCGAAUCGACAGGGUGGGAGCCCAACACCAUGAACAAAGUGAAGGAUCGCCUGGGACGAGUAAGAUGAUAGAGCCAUGUUAUAAAUUACUGAGGCACUGCUCCACAAACUGAUGUGUCUCAGUAAAAAGGAUCAAUCGCCUUUUUAUGAUCAAACUGGAAUAUGGUUAAAGAAACAAUUUAGAAGGAAAACAAACUGAUGGAAAUGUGGAACUUGUUUCAUGAGAAUCAAACUGAUCUUUGCCUUUAAAUUACAGAAAAAUUGCUGGAAUGAAUUCACAGCUGUUGGCGGUGACUGCUCUCAUUUAGGAACAAAUUAAAGCAGAUGACUGUCGGAUUCGAUUACACAACAUAUUUGUACUGCAGUUUUUAUAAGGUGAUAAAUGUUUGUACCUCGGAUGGCUGGGCCAGAACUACAAAACGUGAAUUAUGUUUUCAUUAACUGUGUUGAUGCUGUAAAAGUGGCAUUUUGUUUACUUCUCAGUGCAAACGUGACCAACAAUCUAGUGUUUAGAGUCUGUCUUUUGGCCUUGCUUUAACCCUGGUACUGAGCAGCAGGACCCCUGCUUUUAAGCACUUAGAGCCCAGCACAUGAGUACCACGGGCCACCGAUAGCUCUCGAGAUGGACGACUGAAACAGUUGAAAGCUUUCUCCAUAGAUGUCUAAAGGUUGGCACUGACUCAGGACCACAUCCAGAUUUGGAUGGCUAUUUUUAAACCACUUUUUCACUUAAUUAGCUCUUGCAAAUAAACAAAGAUCAUGAAAAAAACUGCAAACCU